CCCCCCCCCGCCCCUUGUCGCAGAGCUUGGGCUGGGCGGCUCGCUGGGGCUGGGGGGGGGGACGGUCUGUCUCCGGGCCCCCUCCUGACUCCUCGCGCUCCAGCGUAACGGCCAUCGGAGCCCUGCGGGGGGCUGCCUGUUCCGCCCCAGACCUGUCGGCGAAAGGAUUGAUUCCAGGGCCUCAUACAUGCUACACAUGCCAGGCAGUAGUUUAUGCCAGUGUGGCUUCAUUCAUACAGAUGAACCAAGGAUUGGGAUAGCAGUUUAAAAUUAGAAUCAGACAGCUGACUGCCCAGCAGGAUGCCAUCAACUAACAGAGCUGGCAGUCUAAAGGACCCUGAAAUUGCAGAGCUCUUCUUCAAAGAAGAUCCAGAGAAGCUCUUCACAGAUCUCAGAGAAAUUGGCCAUGGAAGCUUUGGAGCAGUAUAUUUUGCACGAGAUGUACGUACCAAUGAAGUGGUGGCCAUCAAGAAAAUGUCUUACAGUGGAAAGCAAUCUACUGAAAAAUGGCAGGAUAUUAUUAAGGAAGUCAGGUUUCUACAAAGAAUAAAACAUCCCAACAGUAUAGAAUACAAAGGCUGCUAUUUACGUGAACACACAGCAUGGCUUGUAAUGGAAUAUUGUUUGGGAUCUGCUUCAGAUUUACUAGAAGUUCACAAAAAGCCACUACAAGAAGUGGAAAUAGCAGCAAUAACACAUGGUGCUCUCCAGGGAUUAGCCUACUUACAUUCUCAUACAAUGAUCCAUAGAGAUAUCAAAGCAGGAAAUAUCCUUCUGACAGAACCAGGCCAGGUGAAACUUGCUGACUUUGGAUCUGCUUCCAUGGCAUCCCCUGCCAAUUCUUUUGUGGGAACACCAUAUUGGAUGGCCCCAGAAGUAAUUUUAGCCAUGGAUGAAGGACAAUAUGAUGGCAAAGUUGAUGUAUGGUCUCUUGGAAUAACAUGUAUUGAACUUGCGGAAAGGAAGCCUCCUUUAUUUAAUAUGAAUGCAAUGAGUGCCUUAUAUCACAUAGCCCAAAAUGAAUCCCCUACACUACAAUCUAAUGAAUGGUCUGAUUAUUUUCGCAACUUUGUAGAUUCUUGCCUCCAGAAAAUCCCUCAGGAUCGUCCAACAUCAGAGGAACUUUUAAAGGUCACAUUUUUGUUCAAUUUUAUGUCUUAUAGAAGUCUGGAGCAAGAUCAUGGUGUUGGCAGGACAGGAACAGUGAAUAGUGUUGGAAGUAAUCAAUCUAUUCCCAGUAUGUCUAUCAGUGCCAGCAGUCAAAGCAGUAGUGUUAACAGUCUUCCAGAUGCCUCAGAUGACAAGAGUGAGCUAGACAUGAUGGAAGGAGACCAUACAGUGAUGUCCAACAGUUCUGUCAUCCAUUUAAAACCGGAGGAGGAAAAUUACAGAGAGGAAGGAGACUCUAGAACAAGAGCUUCAGAUCCACAGUCUCCACCCCAAGUGUCUCGUCACAAAUCACACUAUCGUAACAGAGAACAUUUUGCAACUAUAAGGACAGCAUCACUGGUUACAAGGCAAAUGCAAGAACAUGAACAGGACUCUGAGCUUAGAGAGCAGAUGUCUGGCUACAAGCGAAUGAGGCGACAACAUCAAAAGCAACUGAUGACUCUGGAAAAUAAAUUAAAGGCUGAAAUGGAUGAACACCGCCUCAGAUUAGACAAAGAUCUUGAAACACAGCGUAACAAUUUUGCUGCAGAAAUGGAGAAACUUAUUAAGAAACAUCAAGCUGCUAUGGAAAAAGAGGCUAAAGUGAUGGCCAAUGAGGAGAAAAAAUUUCAGCAACAUAUUCAGGCCCAACAGAAGAAAGAACUGAAUAGCUUUCUGGAGUCCCAAAAAAGAGAAUAUAAACUUCGAAAAGAGCAGCUUAAGGAGGAGCUGAAUGAAAAUCAAAGCACCCCUAAAAAAGAAAAGCAAGAGUGGCUUUCAAAGCAGAAAGAGAAUAUACAGCAUUUCCAAGCAGAAGAAGAAGCUAACCUUCUUCGGCGUCAGAGACAAUACCUAGAGCUGGAAUGCCGUCGCUUUAAGAGAAGAAUGUUACUUGGGCGCCAUAACUUGGAACAGGACCUUGUCAGAGAGGAAUUGAACAAAAGGCAGACUCAGAAGGAUUUGGAGCAUGCCAUGCUACUAAGACAGCAUGAAUCCAUGCAAGAAUUGGAAUUCCGUCACCUCAACACAAUUCAGAAGAUGCGCUGUGAGUUGAUCAGAUUACAGCACCAAACUGAGCUCACUAACCAGCUGGAAUAUAACAAGCGAAGGGAACGAGAACUAAGGCGAAAGCAUGUCAUGGAAGUUCGUCAACAACCUAAAAGUUUGAAGUCUAAAGAACUUCAAAUAAAAAAGCAGUUUCAGGAUACUUGCAAAAUCCAAACCAGACAGUACAAAGCAUUAAGAAAUCACCUACUGGAGACCACACCAAAGAGCGAACACAAGGCUGUUCUGAAAAGACUCAAAGAGGAGCAGACUCGGAAGUUAGCCAUCCUGGCUGAGCAGUAUGAUCACAGCAUUAAUGAAAUGCUCUCCACACAGGCCCUGCGUUUGGAUGAAGCACAGGAAGCAGAAUGUCAGGUUUUGAAGAUGCAGCUGCAGCAAGAGUUAGAGUUGUUGAAUGCAUAUCAGAGCAAAAUCAAGAUGCAAGCUGAGGCACAGCACGAUCGAGAGCUUCGGGAGCUUGAACAGAGGGUCUCCCUCCGAAGAGCACUCUUAGAACAAAAGAUCGAAGAGGAAAUGUUGGCUUUGCAGAAUGAGCGCACAGAACGAAUACGAAGCCUGCUGGAGCGUCAAGCCAGAGAAAUUGAAGCUUUUGACUCUGAAAGCAUGAGACUAGGUUUUAGUAACAUGGUCCUUUCUAAUCUUUCCCCUGAAGCAUUCAGCCACAGCUACCCAGGAGCUUCUGGUUGGUCUCACAGUCCUGCUGGGGGUCCAGGACCUCACUGGGGUCAUCCCAUGGGUGGCCCGCCACAAGCUUGGGGCCAUCCAAUGCAAGGUGGACCCCAACCAUGGGGUCAUCCCUCGGGGCCAAUGCAAGGGGUACCUCGAGGUAGCAGUUUAGGAGUCCGCAAUAGCCCCCAGGCUCUGAGGCGGACAGCUUCUGGGGGACGGACGGAGCAGGGCAUGAGCAGAAGCACGAGUGUCACUUCACAAAUAUCCAAUGGGUCACACAUGUCUUAUACAUAACUUAAUAAUUGAAAGUCACAAUUCCGCUGGAGCUGUCUGCCAAAAGAAACUGCCUACAGACAUCAUCACAGCAGCCUCCUCACUUGGGUACUACAGUGUGGAAGCUGAGUGCAUAAUGGUAUAUUUUAUUCAUUUUGUAAAGCGUUCUGUUUUGUGUUUACUAAUUGGGAUGUCAUAGUAUUUGGCUGCCGGGUUUGUUCGUUUGUUUGUUUGUUUUUAACUUUUGGGGGAAAUUUUGAGAAAGGGGAGUUGAUAUUAUAUAACUCAUGCAUGUAGUAAAAUGAAAUUGGCUAUAUAGAGGGGUAUUUUUUAAAUAGUGCAAAAAUAAAAUGCAGCAAAAGUGACUUGAACCAUCAUUUUAGGGUAUCAUAUCGUAAGAAGUUUAUGAGAAAAUCUAAAACUAUCUUCCAUAUUCAAAAUUUCUAUGAGACACUGACAGCAGGCAGCAUUUACUGAAACAAGUUAUUAUAGGAGUAUACCUGUACCUCCUCACCAGUGUAUUUUCUUUAUAUUAAAUUGGUCUGACUUCUCAGCCUCAUUUGGAUUAAAGUGCAGAAAUCUAUGAACACUAAAGGAUUGUACUGAUCUUUUCAGAUGGGAGAAAAUGACUUAGUUCUUUUUCUGAAUGUCUUAAGUUUGUCAAUGAUUUUUGUCCAGUCAGUUGUGCCUUCUUUGUGUCACAGUAAGAUGGAGUUGCUUAAGGAGAUCACAAACUAUGUAGAAAUUGCAUUAACCAAGCUGUGAGCCUUUAGAGAGGAAGGCAGCAGAGUGAUAGGAGUCCCCUGAACAUCCAUGUGAUAGCUAAGUCCAGCAGCAGAGUGAGGAGAUGAAGUGUAUAUAUCCUAACAUUUGUUGCUUAUACUGUGAUAUCUCCUCUUAGCUAAGCUCUUAAAGUCCUAACAUCCCAAACAGUACUUUUACUUUGUACAGAAACAAAGACAUAAAGCCAAUACAAAUCAAAUGCCAGAGGUAUUUGAAUGAUGCCAUAUUUGCAAACUGCCAUCUAUAGGAAUUCUCAUCACACUACAUAGACAUUAUUAGACUAUCCACUUUUGGCUUAUGGGAUUCCUGUUUACAAGUAGACUAGUCAGUUAUUUAAAUGUUUAGUUGCCAUAGUGAACCAGGAGCCACUGAGCCAUCAACAACCAGCUGCUGACUAAUCUUCAUCACCACUGUAGAUUUUACUGCAUCUGCAGGUUCUUUGUUUUAUAAUUGCUGUUUUUGUUGCUGCAGUACUUUACAAACUUCUAGUUCAUUGAGACUUAGUGACUGUUUGUGAUCAUGUUAACAUCACACUGUAGGAAACACCACUCCAGAAGUCUCAAGCCUCAGUGCUAAAAUACUACUGAAAAGGAACUAGAAAGUCUGACCCAAAAAAUAAAUAAAUAAAUAAAUAAAUAAAUAAAUAAAUAAAUAAAUAAAAAAGCUAGAGUGGUCAGGGAAUCUCUUAACAAAAGCUAACAUGGGGGGGCAUGUUUUGGUUUUUUGUUUGUUUUUUGUUUUAUAAUGAAGGAUCAACCCAAUGUUGAAAGUCACAUGUUACUUGGUUUUUCCAUUGUGUAUGUGGAAGUUGAGUUGGAGGUGGGUGGGAAGCUGUGAAUAAGACUUGAAGAAAAAAAAAAUGUCCUCUUUAGUAACAGAUCAGAGUUUCUUACAAGUUAUUAUCCUGCCUCCUUCCUAGUUGUCUUGAAUAACACUUGCUGCUAACUCUGGAUCCUGCUUUUCAUAUACUCAGAGGGCUCCAAGAUAGAACUCUCUAAGUCCCUCAUAAUAAUAGUCUUUCCUAGACCAAUCUAAUGACCAAAUUGUAAUCUGUCAGUUGAUUUUGUCAAUCAGAUUUUUAAGUUUUCUUAGGUACUGUACGUCAGCCCAGUCUCCAUGAAACCUCUAGGAAUUUCCGACGUUGAUUUGAAGGUAGCUAUAAGAAAAAUUAAUGCAUUUAAUAUAAAUCCUUUAAAAACCAAGAUCAAAAUGGAGUUCUUCUAGCCAGUGUUUCAAGUAGCACUAUGUUGUGUUGUCCUCUUGGCCAUGUUCCAGAUCACUAGUUUUUAUGUAAAUAUGACGUAUGUUUAGUCUUCCUUUAUUUGCAUUCAACUAUUAAGCAAUGUUUCAGUGAGAAAUCUCCUUGGAGGGAAAUUAUAAGAGCUUUAGAGUUUAAUAAAGUAUCCAGAAAUACAAGAGUUUAAUACCUUUGAAAUCAUUCUUCAGAGAUCUGGCCCCUGUUUACUACUGAAAAGAGUAUAAGGAAUCAGCUCAGAUUUGCUUACAAAACCUCUUGCAAACUAAAAGUACUACUAGCGAUACAUUUCAAAGUCCUCUUGUGAGCUUCAGUUAGGCUAAUUGAGUUAUAACAAGUUCAUACAUAUCAUAUACUUAGGAAAACCCUGAGUGAAUACUGACUCCAAAUGUCUGUCCAGUAAGGCUUUGUAUCUUAUUUGCGUGAUAACUAGUUUUACAUGUAGGUCAUUGCUAUAUAUGGAUUAUAUCAUUAAUCUUAAUUAAAAUAUAUGUAGUUUGCAAAAAUGAUUCAAACUAACUGGUUUUUGUGUGUUUGUGGGAUGUUAAUUUCUAAUGAAGCUCAUAUGGUAAGAACCAUCAUAGAGUAAAACUGGUAGCAGGAAAAUUUGAAGGGUUUUAAGAUACCCUGAGGAAAGAGCAAGCACUUUCUUAAUCUGUGUGCAAAUGUCAAAAUUUGAUCAUACUAACACUACCUCUCCCUGGUGUUGGUGUUCACUCAUAGAUGUGUUUAAGAAAAUUAAGAGUAUGGGAAAUUGUGUAGCAUAUCAGACAUUGUAAACAUUAUAUCUGGUAUCCAGAGCCUGGCAGUGAAAAAUUCCUUGUGUUUGCCCUUUUUCCUUUUUUCUGUUAGCAUUUUAAAAAUGCAAAGCCUCAUAUGUUGAAACAUUUUAUUCCUAAUUAGAUGUUCUUCCCUUUGCACAUUUUUUUUCUUUUUAAAAGUCAGUUCUAACCCCAAACAGCAUUUUCACUGUGUAGAUGUUAGCUCAAGAAUGUGUUUAUAUUAUUUUUUAUCGGAAUUAACAUUCUUUUCUUGUCAUUUCUGUGCACAGAGAUGACUAGUCCUGCAUUUGAAGUCACACCCUCAGAUAUAAUAGACUUUAAGUAAUUUGAACUUAAUCAUAACCAUGAUUUUCAGCUGCCUGGAUAUAGGUAAACAUCCAAAACACUAAGGACAUCUUCCUAACUGCUCCCAUUUCUACAAAUUUGUUCUCAAAUCCCACCCCUCUUUUCAAAAAUGGAAAAUUUUGGUGUCUUUUUUUUAGAUCAUAAGACAGACUUUAGUAACUUUCUGCUUUUGUAAGUACUAAAUGUCUGGCAUUUUAAACUUUUAUAAAAUACAUUGUGUUGGACACUGGAAUAAUACUAUUUAUUUUCACCUGUGAAAAUGACUUCAUUGUACUUGAAACACCUCUUUGCAAUUCUCCAUUUGUGCCAUUCACUAGUGGAAAUAAAUUGUAUUAUACCAUGAUCUACUGGCUUUUAAAAACUGUUAAAUAUGCACAUUUUUGGUAUAGUUAUUAUCAUUUGUAUGUAUAUAUUGUAUAUACAUAUGAGUGUCUGUGUGUGUAGAUGGAUGUGUGUAACUCUCUGUACAUUUCCAUCAAGGGCACUUAAGGUUCUGUUUUUGUUGGGUUUUAUUUCAGUCCUCAGUUAAGGCAAGAAUGCAGGUGUUUUUAAAAAAUGAGUAUUCUGGGUUGAUAUUUAUGAGAAAGUGAUCAUUAGAUUCAGUCUUUUCCUUUCCAAUCCCCUCUUAGCACUUGUAUGAGUGGAGAGAAAAGAAAAAUACGGAACCAUAGUUGCAGUGCAGUAAAAUAGUGCUGGGGAAAGAGCUAGUUAUAGUUAGUCUUUCUGUGAGUUUUGUAUUGUGAUACAACAAAAGAUGAGUGAUGACAAAAAAGAAAUGAAUUGUGGAAAGAACACUGGUGGUGAUUUCUCUGCAAAGAUGAUAAAGAGAACAAAUAAAUCACACAAUUGGUGUAUAUUUUCUGUAUUUUGUAGUAGUGAUGCCAUUGAUCCUCUUUUUUUUUAUUCAUUUGAUGCUAUAAUUAUGUGUUUUUCUGAGGACCUAAACAGCCAAAAAAGAAUUAUAACUAAAGCAUCUAAGGUUCUCCCGACUAUACAAUCAACAAGAAGGGGCCACUGAGAGCAGAUUAUGGCAUUGGUGUGAGGGGCUUUCUGCCUUUAGCUGCCUCUUUUUGCUUGUUAAUAGUAAGUUCUUUGUGUACCUUCCACCCUUUCUGUGCCACUAGUAUUUAAACAGAGAUUUGGCCCAACACAGCAACCUUGUCCUUGGAAGUUUAUACCAUUCUGCAUUUUGUCCCAUGCUGAAAAUGUGAAGUAUCCUAAUGUGUAUUCAAGUCAGAAAUAUAUUCUAGGUGUAUAAAGUGAAUCUCCUAUGGUGAUGGAUGAAGAAAUUCUCAUUUCUUAGAGCCUUCUUUAAGCAGCAAAAUUAAAACUUGGGCUAUCAUCUUUGAGCUGCUUACCAAGAUACAGAUUGUUAUUGAUUAUUGAAGAGAAACAAAUUCUCUAUUUCGCUUUCUCCUAUCUAACAUGGUAGCCUUUUAAAUGCACUCAGUCAUAGUUGUUAAGAACUGGAGAGUUCCCGUGCUCAGCUUCCUUUAAGGAAGAGUGUGCUGUACGUUUAGCAUACUUGCCUCUUAUGUAUGCAAGGACUACUGAUUGAAGUCUGUUUUGCUGUGUCUGGUUAUAUUGUCGCACUUUUAUGAAAUUGCUACAAUAGAUCUGCAUUGGAAAUCAUUUAAUUUGUAAAGAAGUUUUAUUAAACACUGUCUAGAAAAAGAAAGCGAAGCUGAGAACUCUUCCUUUAUUGUCAUGUUCUACUGAAUUGUGAUAGCCUCCUUUAAAGUCAUAUUGACUAAUUAUUUCCUCCUAUUCAUCUAAAAAUUUUAUGCAUACAAAGGAAGAGAAUCCAUUUGGCCUGAUGGUAGUCUUCAGAUCAUAAGAAAUACAUAAAUUAGUAGCACCUUAUCUGCCUUUUGUGGGCUUUUUAAACUUGCACUUCCCGCCUACCCAAAGAUUGGUAUAUUUUAAAGAAAAUAAAGGCAGAAUAUUAAACUUGGGGAGCCAUGUACUAUGUCACCAUCACUGUUAACUGUUUCCCAGCAAUCCAAGCUUUUGAAAUUCCAUGAUUUUUAUUUUAUUUUAUUUUUGGUGUGGGGGUGUGUCUGUUUGAUUGUAUUUUUGUUUUAUUUUUAAAUAUAUAAGGGGUUCUUUAGAGAAAAAGUUAUUUCUCUCAAAUAGCAGGAUGCCCACUGGAUACACUAAUCUAAACAUCUGUAGGUAGUUUGCCAUGGAGAAAUGGAGAAAAUGUGAGGCUUCUGAAUGAAUGAAAAAGGGUAUCUUGAUGCCCAAGAAUUCCCCUCAAAGUACGGGUAAUUCAACCUGCACAGUUUCCUUUUACUCACAGUUUUUAGUAAUUGUGAGUGAAAAAUCAUGUAAUUAUCUGUAAAUAUGUAGCUAACAAAUUGACCUAGUUUCUGUAUUUUUUUGGUUUUGUACUAAAGUUUAUAGGUCUGUGCCAGCUAGAAAGGAGUUGCUGUCAUUGCCAUUCGUGGUUCUAACCCUGAAACCAUCCUAGGUGACAUACAUUUUUAGAAUUAAUGCUUACAUGUUGUUAAACAGGGGGAAAUGAAGCUUAAUCAUUGGUCAGGUUUGAAAUCUUUUAAGCUAAGUAACUUUAUUUAAUAUAAUAAGUACAUAUCCUCAGUCAUGAAUGAGGUAGGAGCCUCCCUCCCCUAGUGGCCAUGUUUACAGAAGUGUGUGUUGUCUAUAAAGUGCACAAGUGUGUUACUGUUUAUGUAAAUUAUGCAGGUGAUAACAUUAUGGUUUGGGAUUGUUCAUGGGCUCUUAACCUGAAUUUUCAAAUGAAUUGAACUAUGCUUAUUGCUGGCACAUUUAUCCCAUUUCUGGAACAUUUUUCUAAUUCCAGAAUUACAUAUGUUCCUUAGACAUUACCCCCAUUUAACUUCCCUUUCUCUGAUAUGCCUUGUAGCCAAGGUAUUAAAGACUGGUGAACAUAGGUGAGGGAAAUGCAUUUCUUAAAAAUCCAUGAACCCUCAAUUGUAUGCUUUCAGUACUGUGUUAUUUGUUUUAUGGCUACUUUGAAGUCAGUGGUUUAGAAAUGAGAUACCAAUGUUAAUGAAAAGUGUGUACUCUGUGCUUUUGCAUGGCUUGGCUUAGUAUCCAAGGUAUAUUAGAGCCACUUGAAAGCAUGAAGACCAGUUAUAUGGGAACAGGUUUCUCUCAGUGGCACAUUUUGCUUUUCCUUAGCCCUCAAAUACAUUGUCUAGGCAUGAACAUUAUUAUUACUUAUAAAUUGCACAUGGUCAUAGAAUGAAGUAUAUAAUUAAAAAGGAUACAACUGCCUAUUGUUUGCAGUUUCUGGCUGGUCUGUGUGACCAUUUGGCACAUAUCAAGAAACCCUGAAGGGUGUUGGAACCUAUCUAACACUUUUGUUGGGGAGUCAUAAACAGGUAUAUUGGUUUACCAAGAUGUUGACUGCUGCUGGCUUAUUGCCAGAGAAGCUCUUUUGGUGCCCAUUCCAAGUGUACUGUGCUUCCUCGCAUUUCAUACUAUCAAAGAAACCACCACCCCUUCUUCCUAACAGCAUUUUCCCCCUUUUAUUCCACAUUAAAUGGGAAUUGUGCCUAAUUAGAGCGCCCCUCCAAUUAAUUACAAGUGUCCCAAGACACAGGGAGGAAAACAUCUUCAAAAAACAACAAUGAACUGAAACCUCCAGUAACUGUGUGCUAAAAAAACCCUUGCCUUCCUUCAAAAAAACAACAACAACAACAACAGCAAAAGGUUAUUUGAGGCCAGUUAUUUGACAGUGUAUUUUAACCACAUCCUGACAACAUAUAUGAGCCUAUUACAAUUUGCAAGUGGCUUCUAGAGUAAAAUCUUAAGUGAAGAGGGAUGUGUGGGGUUUCUAUUAGAUAAUUUUGUUAUUUUAACCUUUUAUGAUCCUCCACUAGUUUAGACAGGUUAAUUCAAUUUUUUUUAACUUUUUAGGAAAAUUUUUACAAAAGCAAUGGUCUGAUGUAAAUAACAUUUUAAAAGUAUAGUGCACAUAACUUCCCCAGAAUGUUCCAACCUAAUCAUUUGUAAAUGCUUUAGAGUUUUUUAAAUUAACACCUGUGUUGCUAAAUCCUAUUUAUCUAAGUCUGCUAUAUUAACCCACUUAAGACUUAAACAUUUAAAUAAUGGAUGGGUUACUAUAAGCAGUUUAGCUUCCCAAACCUCCUUGUUUUAGUUUAUGAAAAAGCCUAAUGCUUAUUAAUGAGGUUGGAGAGACUAUGAGAAAUAUGUAUAGUGUAUAUUUUAAAACAGCUUUGCUUGUAUUGUGAAGAUUUAAAAACAAACUUGAGAUUUUUAACGUAGCUAUUAACAGUUUUAACGUAAGUUAUCCCACUGGGUUUAAGAGCAUCUUGAAUGUAUAAUCCUUUUUGUAACCCAGGUUGGUUUCUGCUUUUACCAGUCAUCCAAACAUUAUUUAUAUUUUUAGUUUUAAGUACUCAUUUCCCUUUGCUAUCCUCAAACAGCAUGUUUUAUUUUGCACAUGUAGAAAUUUUUAAAAGGAAAAAAUACAUCAUUUUCUCUGGUUCUUCACUUCUCUCUUCCACUAACUCCUUCUUUAAAGGCCAUAUCACUCCAUUUGCAUUAUUUGUGCAAAUGCCAGGGUUGGUUUUUAUUUUUAUUUUUGCUAUUUACCUUAAAAAAAAAAAAAAAGAAAACGCUUCAGUCAAUUGCUUUUUUAUUUAAAAAGAAAAAAGAAAAAAAAAAGAUAAAAGCUGUAACCUUAUCAUUUCUGAGUAGACCAUUGAGAGAUGAAUGCACACCUGUCAUAGCCCAGGACCAGCUGCGGUAGCUGAAGGGAAUAUUUUAAGCAAGAUGUUCUUUUCUGAAAAUGGUAGAUGUUAUCCACAAUCUGUCAGUUAUUCCCAUGAGUCAGGGGUCCAAAUAAAAUGAAGGUUAUCAGCUAACUGAUAUGUUAUCAUUGAGGUUCAUCAAUGAAUUUGUACAUUUCUAGUUCCCUUUGGUGAAGGGAAAAAUGAUUUUGCAAGACCUAGAUUUUGGCUUGGUUUCUUGCCUCAUUUUUUGGCAGCCUUCAUCUUCUCAUCUCCCAAAGCCCUUGAGCCUGUAGGGUUUUCACAGUGGACAAAGGACUUACGGUCUUUUAAAGCUGGGACAGAUUUUUAUUUUCUUUUGUGAGAAAUUAUCAUGUUGAAAGUGUGGUAGUGUUCUACCACUUUACUGAUGAGGAAUUUUAAACACAGUCCUUUCAAAUUUUGGACCAAACAGACACCCACAGUGGAGGCUUAUCAAGGGUUGAGUGGGAAAAAGCCUCUCCCUCGCUGUCAGCACCAGCUGGUCAAGGUGACUGUACAGAUGUGCAUUUUCCUUCUGGUAGUAAUGGUCCACAGCACUAAUUGGUAAGGCUUAAUGUACAGUAUAUUGUCAGUAUUCUUCUGGUUCAGCAUACCUUAUAGUUCAUAUAUAACCUGUAUUAAUUGUAUAGAUUGUGCAUUUAAAGCUGUUACCAAGUUGUCAGAACAUAAGAGCGAAAACAAGGUCAUAUGUAAUAUUUUGUUUGUAAGUAUCCUUUGUAUCAUAGCAAAGGAAAUGUUUAAAAAAUCAACUGUAAUAAAGUAAUUUUAGUACA